CUGGAGUUUCAUUCUCGUUUCGUUUCCGUCUUUGGGGCUGGCUUUCAAUUCGCUUCAAAGUCGUUUUUGAUUUGUCUACCUUUCUUUUCCAUCCUUUCUCAGCGUUCUUCAGUUGGAAAGCCAUAUAAGAGGCGUGUUUAAUACCUUGAAAAGGUCCGCAUUCCCGUGUCAAUCUUGUGAGUCUCGCUAUUUUCUCGCUAUUGCUAUUUGCUAAUUUCGCUAUUGAGCAACUCAAUACACAAGAGACAGAAAUACCAUUUAAGAAGGCGACUGCUUAAGUUCUGAACAAUAUCAAAACUCGAGACUUAUACGUAACUUCAAGCCUCAUCAGGUCUCAUUUAUCAAGUCAAUAUUCAGAUCUAAAGUGAAGCGAAUUGUUCAUUUAUUGCACUGUUCACAUUCCAUCUCAAUUUGACAUCACUUCACACAUUUCACUCCACAUUUGACCAUCUCGAUUUCACGAUCGAUUUCAAUAAUAUUUCUACAUUUCAUAUUUCACUAUAUUUUCCUAAUUGUCCCUGGUAAGCUGUCAGAAUGUCACAAGGCCAAGUAGAUCUUCCACCAGCUGUCGCUGCCACCACUGCAACUUCUCCCACUACUUCCAAUUCUCAUCGCCGACCAGCUCCAGACUCGCCCACAAUUGAUUCUGAGCUGGCUGCUUCCCCAUCGUACACUUCCUCGACGUCCGCAGCGUCUGCAUCAGAACCACCCAGAAAAAGACACAGACCAAGAUCGCUCGAUCUUAAGUCUGGUGCUGAUGAUAGUUCUCAUGUGGCUUUGAGAAUCGUAUCACCAGGCCUUCCUCCAUUGAACUCUGCGGAGAUGCGCUCUACCCUCAAAAUUUCUCAGAGAAUUGAGCAACAGCAACGAGAACUAAUUGCUUCCAGAGCAGGAGUUGUCUCGGCCAACACGUCUAUUAACGAGAACGGCUCGCCUGCUUCAGAAACCCGUUCCACAAUCAUCACCGUCAAUGCUCAGCCAACAGCGGCUGAUGAGUUGGACAGGCUUCUGACUCCAUCUUCCGCCAAAAGAUUGAAACGUUCAAAUGUGCCAUCUCCACUUUCUAUAGGUUCCCAAGACUCGGACUCUCUUAGACCGGCUAUUCAUUCAGCACCUAUCAGAUACUAUGGUCCUCCAGUUGCCAAAUCGCAGUUUCGCCCAUUUCCCAAUACACAUGUGACGUAUCUGUCGCUUCCUCCACUUCAGCUGGGUGGAAGCGUGCAUCCCUACCAACUGGGUAUUCCCAUCAAAAGGUCUAGACCAAUCUACCCUUAUACAACAACUUCUGCGCAUUUCCCUCGAGCAGUUAGAUUAGCUCCCCACCCGUACCACAAUCCACAGCAUCAUCUAAUGGCUAAUCAACGACAGGGACCACAUCGUAGCGCAUCUCCACCAUUAAGAUCACCUUCAUCUCCGUUUUCUGUCACGGAUGUGUAUCAUGGUGAUUUAAUGAAAACUGCACCUCUCCAGUCGCAACCUUUAUCUGCACAGAGAGAUUACUUUGAAUCGCAGGGAAAGGCUAGAAUGUCUCAGCAAGAUGUAGAUGACGAUAGAUUGCCUGUUUCUGAAGAUGAAAUAAGAGAAAUGCAAGAAAAGUACAAAAGCAGUGAAGAUUUACAUGAAGAAGAAGAAGAAGAAGAUGACGAUGAAGAAGAUGCUGCGUCCAGAACUGGGGUAAAUGGAGAGGAGAUCUUUGGUUCCAUUAAUAUCAUGAAUGAAAGCAUCUUCAACUUUCGCAUUUUCAAUCCUAAAUCCAAGGAAGCUGAAGCUGAUGACAAAGAAAAUGAAGACACUUCCGGUGAUUGGUUAGCCAAGGAGAAAGAUAAAUUUCUCCGUAUAUGUGAGACCAGCUGGGACAAAUUCGUCAAUAGCAGAAAGCAGAUGUAAAAUGUUUGAUCUGUUGUACAAUAUUGAAUAUGAUGAUAUAUCACGGAAAGAUAAUAUGUAUUUAGGAAAGAUCUAAUGAAUUUUGG